AUGUCGUACGAUCUACAUGGUGUUUGGGACCAGACGAACCCGAUUGGUUCGAUUGCACAGGCACACACAAACUUAACAGAGAUCAAGCUUGCGGCAGAACUCCUAUGGAGAGUUGAGGUGAAACCUUCACAGGUAGCGAUCGGCUUUGGGUUUUAUGGACGAGCCUUCACUCUCCAGGACCCUAGCUGUACAGAUCCUGGGUGUCCCUUUAGCGCAGGUGCUGACCCUGGUAUCUGCACACGUACUAGCGGGUAUCUGGCCUAUUACGAGAUCCAAGAUAUCCUUUCGAAGGAAAAAAAUACCAAAUCCCUUUUAAACAAUGGGGACAUCAAAAUUGCUCACGAUAAAACUGCGGCAGUGAAAUAUUUUACCUGGUAUAAUGACCAGUGGAUUUCUUACGAUGACGCUGAUACAUUCAAGCAAAAAAUUGACUGGGCAAACAGUAUUGGAUUCUCUGGCUCGUUGAUAUGGGCCUCUGACCUUGCGCACAAAGCUAUAACUGGAAAGACAAAUAUUGAAUCGGCACUAACCAUCAAGGAUUCCCAAGAACAACUAAACCCGGAUCCAGAUACAGUUUCAAGUGAUCUCAAUGGGUCUCUUGCGAAGGAUUGCUACAAAUUCCGGGAUAUUGUAGCACUUGAUAACCCCCAGGUUUCGACCUGUCGCUCAGGAUAUACUACAGUGGGAUACGACCGAGCUACUUCAGCUGGAAAAGAUGGCGAAUGGGGUCGACCCUGGUGUUGCCCAAAGAACAGCGGCCUUAAGAACUGCCAGUGGAGAGGUAGUGGAGGUGACUGUAACGGCCAAUGCCAUCCUGGGGAAAUCCACCUCGAUGGCUCUAGCUGGGGCGGUAAACCUGGUGAAUCUGGCACGGGUAAAUGCAGUCGCGGUGGGAAGGCCCUAUGCUGCCAAAUGGAACAGUUUGAAGCGUUUACCAAUGGUUGUUACUGGACAGAUGGAGCCUAUUGCUGUCCUGCAACCCGUCCUCCACCUUACAAAGACUGCCACUGGGUUGGUCAGGGAGAUUGUGCCGAUAAUACAUGCGACAAGACGGAGAAAUUUACGCUGACCAUCCUAGGGGGCCGGAAAAAAUCACUCUGCUGCAAGCCGAAUCUGGACGAAUUCACAACUUUUACCUGUGAAAGUGGACAUAUAGAUCCAUGUGAUGACCCCUCUGAUGAAUGUGAAGAUUCGGGCAACGAUGAUACCGGUAACUCACUUACCAUACGAUCUGACGAAGAUGGUAGCCCCAUUCUCGUCCGCAGAGGGGGAAUUCGAUCAGCUAGUCUACUUAUGACCAAGGGGUUAUCUUUUUCUAAACAUCUGAUAAUGACUAGUCGAAGCCAUCCUAGUGGCUUAAAGCUAUUCAAAGCACUGGCUGAUAUUUCCGGAGGCUUCCAAGCUGAGCAUGAACAGGAGAUCCAAAUGAUUUUCAAGUUGGUUAAGGCGGCUGUAAGUGGCGAAUUACCCUCAGGGGCUUUAUUGAAAGCCGCAAAACUGGACCCUGAGAAGGUAUAUAACAGCUGGAAUAAACUAUAUACCAUUACAUUACCGCAAAUCGGAGUUGACCUUUCAACCUCGACUCUAAGAGGUUGGACAAAGCCUGAAACCCCCAAUGACCGAAUUUUUGAGAUCAUUGGUUCCCACGCAUACCGCGGGGGCAUGUCUUUGUUGGAAAGUGAGAUGAAUGGUAUCAAGGGAAGAAUUUUUCGAAAAUAUAAUCCAAUGGGCCCGGGGACUUUUGCUAAAGCCCUUGACACAGUUGCAAUAGGGCAUAUUCCCGAACACGCAAAGGACGCUGAAGAAGCGGCAACAAAGAUCAUUGUGACAAUGCAGAAGGAAUUAACCAGAGAGAUUGCCUUUACCGACAACAAUAUGCCAGGGCUCAAAGGACUCCUGCCCAUCUGGAAAGAAUUUGAACCAGACUAUUACGCCACAGCCGUGAAGUUCGCAACCAAAUUUAUACACACUCAUGUCAACGCUAUAAACGAUAAAUUCCCUACUGGGAGUGUAUCCGGAAACGUGGCUGCAUCACUUUUGGUCCAUACUGCUAACCAAUUGGUAAGAGCUGUUGGUCAAAUUAAGUUUGACACGGAAGAUGUUGAUUGA